AUGGCCCAAAUCAGCACUACAAAUGGUGGAUCCGACGAGGUUGGAGUGCCUGUAGUUGUUGCGUUCAUAGCUAUAGAGAGAGAAGCGUCGACUACAACCGCUUCAUCGGCGUCCUCAUUCGUCACUCCCGCCUCCACCUCGCUCACCACUACUACCGCCACCACGUCAUCCCUCGCGGCUUCUCCCUCCUCCCGUUCACCUACUCCCGCUUCAUCUCAGCCCUCUGCUCCUCCCCCAACAACCUCCCCGUCAUCCAAGACCUCCUCCUCGACUUGCACGCUCUCGGCUUCGUCCCCGACAUUUGGGCCUUCAACACUUACCUCAGCUUCUUAUGCCGCCACAAUCUUGGUUUACAAUGCUUUGAUUGAUGGGUUUUGUAGAAUGGGAAGGGUUGAUAAGGUGAUGAAGAUUAAAGCGUUUAUGAGCCACAAUGGGUGUGUGCCAGAUUUGGUUACUUAUAAUAUACUGUUGAAUUACUGUUGUGACGAGGGGAUGGUGGAUGAUGCCUUGCGGAUGGUGGAGACAAUGGAGCGGAGCGGGGCGGAGCCGGAUUUGUAUAGCUAUAAUGACAAUGGAAGGUUAUGGCUUAAAUGGUUAUAUAGCACGGUGAAGGUUCUGCAACGUGGUGGAACUGUGGUACUAUCAAAACCAUAUCAGGAUGUUGUUCUAUCUUCUGACGGACAGUUUGCGCUUUUCGGCUCCUGGGACGGCGAGCUCCGCCUCUGGGACCUUGCAGCCGGCACCUCCGUGCGCCGUUUUGUUGGACACACCAAGGACGUCCUCUCUGUGGCGUUCUCCAUUGACAACCGUCAGAUCGUGUCGGCCUCGCGUGACCGCACAAUCAAAUUGUGGAAUACCCUUGGUGAAUGCAAGUACAUCAUUCAAGACAGUGAUGCUCAUUCUGAUUGGGUUAGCUAUGUGCGUUUCAGCCCUAGCACUCUUCAGCCGACUAUUGUGUCUGCAUCUUGGGACCGCACUGUUAAGGUGUGGAACCUCACGAACUGCAAGCUAAGAAAUACCCUUGCUGGACACAGUGGGUAUGUGAACACUGUUGUUGUUUCUCUCGAUGGUUCUCUGUGUGCCAGUGGUGGAAAAGAUGGAGUUAUUUUGCUGUGGGAUUUGGCUGAGGGUAAGCGUCUCUACUCUCUCGAUGUUGUGGGAUUUCGCUGUCGUUUCUGCUGGGGCUGCUCCGGGGAGCGGCGGGAGGCGGAGAAAGGGGGGUGGGAUGGUAUUGGGGGAAGAAUUUGA